GUGGCGCGGCGCCUGCGCAGUGGGGAGGGGCGCGGGGGAGGGGCGCGGCGGCUGUCAGCUGACUGUGGCGGCGGCGGCGGCGGCGGCCUCGAGGUGACAACCGUCCCCGUCGCAGGCUCCGGCGGGGGCGCAGGAGGUCGCCCGGCGCGUCAUUGUCGGGUCGGCGAGGCCCAGGGCCGGCCGCAGCACCAUGGCGACCACCGUCAGCACUCAGCGCGGGCCGGUCUACAUCGGCGAGCUCCCGCAGGACUUCCUCCGCAUCACGCCCACUCAGCAGCAGCGGCAAGUCCAGCUGGAUGCGCAGGCGGCCCAGCAGCUGCAGUACGGAGGCGCCAUGGGCACCGUGGGCCGACUAAACAUCACCGUGGUCCAGGCAAAGCUGGCCAAGAAUUACGGUAUGACCCGCAUGGACCCCUACUGCCGCCUGCGCCUGGGCUACGCGGUAUACGAGACGCCCACGGCGCACAACGGUGCCAAGAGCCCCCGCUGGAACAAGGUCAUCCACUGCACGGUGCCCCCGGGCGUGGACUCCUUCUAUCUGGAGAUCUUCGAUGAGAGAGCCUUCUCCAUGGACGACCGCAUCGCCUGGACCCACAUCACCAUCCCCGAGUCCCUGCGGCAGGGCAAGGUGGAGGACAAGUGGUACAGCCUGAGCGGGAGGCAGGGGGACGACAAGGAAGGCAUGAUCAACCUCGUCAUGUCCUACGCGCUGUUGCCAGCUGCCAUGGUGAUGCCGCCCCAGCCCGUGGUCCUGAUGCCAACGGUGUACCAGCAGGGCGUCGGCUACGUGCCCAUCACAGGGAUGCCUGCUGUCUGCAGCCCUGGCAUGGUGCCCGUGGCCCUGCCCCCAGCUGCUGUGAACACCCAGCCCCGCUGUAGCGAGGAGGACCUGAAAGCCAUCCAGGACGUGUUCCCCAACAUGGAGCAGGAGGUGAUCCGCUCUGUGCUGGAAGCCCAGCGCGGGAACAAGGACGCCGCCAUCAACUCUCUGCUGCAGAUGGGGGAGGAGCCGUAGAGCCCCUGCCUUGCUGCCUGUGGCCCAGCUCUGUUGCCGGCCCGGCUUCCCCCAAGGAAUGCUGUCCCAUCAAGAUUUCCGUGAAAGAGCACCUGUGUCGCCCCUCCACAGCCACGUCUGUGCCACCCGUCCACACCUGUUCUGGGGAUGCAUGUGGAUUGUCGGUUCCCAGCGGCCCAGAACUGGGCGGGGCUCCCCUAUCGUCUUGUGUUGGGGGGUCUCGGCGCGCUCCUGUCCCUGGGACAUGCGUCUCCCCUUCUCUGCUGAUCUGGAAAAUGGUCUUGCUGUCAAGAGCAGCUGCUUCUGCCAGGGUGUUGGGUGCUGGAGGUUGUCGAGCGCCUGCCUGUCUGAUUGGAUUCAUGGCAUUUUGUUACGUGACAGUGGAAUACAGCUGAUCAUUUGAGGCAUACACAA